UAUUUUGAUAACUCGAAAGCACGGAGAGACAUUAUAUCUGUUACACGCGAACAUAACGAAACAAAUAGAUAUUUAAAAUCCAAAAUGGUUUUAAGUUGGUAUAGAUUAUUAGAUUUGUGGAGAGAUUUAUUUAAACUGGUCGAUGAAAUUAUAGUGCAUUUAUUUUAGUGGUGUAAUUAUAGGAACGGAUUGUUUGUGUUACGUCACUGAAGUCGAAUUUACCGUCCGGACUUCUUCCUGCUGAUACAGAAAAAAAAACCCGUAGUAAUAGCUUCUUUGAUUGAAACUCGAUAGUUUCCUUUUAAAAAAAAAAGGUUUUUAUUUUUAUUGGCACGUAAGAAGAAUUGCUGCUAAAGAUGGGGGUACCGAAAUUUUACCGGUGGAUUUCGGAACGAUAUCCUUGCCUAAGUGAAGUUGUCAAGGAACAUCAGAUUCCAGAGUUUGAUAACCUGUAUUUGGAUAUGAACGGUAUCAUCCAUCAGUGCUCUCACCCAAAUGACGAAGAUGUGCAUUUUCGAAUCUCGGAAGAGAAAAUAUUUGCAGAUAUUUUCCACUAUUUGGAAGUGCUCUUCCGCAUCAUUAAGCCCAUGAAGGUUUUCUUUAUGGCUGUUGAUGGUGUAGCCCCAAGAGCAAAAAUGAACCAGCAGCGUGGGAGGCGCUUCAGGUCAGCAAAAGAAGCAGAAGACAAAAUCAAGAAGGCCUUAGAAAAGGGUGAGACUCUUCCUACAGAGGCCAGAUUUGACUCUAACUGCAUUACCCCAGGGACUGGGUUCAUGGCCAGGCUACAAGAGCAAUUAAAGUAUUUUGUAAACAGCAAGAUUUCUACAGACAAAUCAUGGCAGGGGGUGCAUGUUUACCUGUCAGGUCAUGAGACUCCAGGUGAAGGAGAACACAAAAUCAUGGAGUUCAUUAGAUCAGAAAAAGCAAAGCCUGAUCAUGACCCCAAUACCAGACACUGUCUUUAUGGGUUGGAUGCUGAUCUGAUUAUGCUUGGAUUAACAAGCCAUGAGCCACACUUUUGUCUUCUAAGAGAGGAAGUUCGUUUUGGUGGCAAAAAAUCACAGAAAAGAAUUACUGCCCCGGAAGAAACGACAUUUCACUUAUUGCACUUGUCACUAAUGAGAGAAUAUAUUGACUAUGAAUUUUCAGCUGUGCGAGGUAAAAUUUCUUUUGAGUAUGACCUUGAACGGAUAAUUGACGACUGGGUAUUAAUGGGGUUUCUUGUGGGCAAUGAUUUUAUACCUCAUCUACCUCAUUUCCAUAUCAACCAUGAUGCACUGCCACUGCUCUACAGAACCUACAUUAGUGUCUUGCCAAAACUGGAGGGCUACAUUAAUGACAAUGGAAACCUAAACCUGGUGAACUUUGAGAAAUAUCUUGAAAAACUGUCAGAGUAUGACCGUGAACACUUCAAUGAAGUCUUUGUAGAUCUGAAAUGGUUUGAGAGUAAGGUGGGCAAUAAAUACCUUAAUGAGGCAGCAGGUACUGCAGCAGAAGAAGAAAGAAAUCGGAAUCGUAAGCAGAAGAAACAGGUAGAUUCUCUCUGUUUAGCUGCUUUGGAUGGAAAUAAAGAAGUUGAUGGCGCUCCUACCAAAGAUUUCCCUGAUGAUGACCAUGAGGAUGAAGACCUGUUUGAGACAGAAUUCAGACAAUAUAAAAGGUCCUAUUACAUGACCAAAAUGGGUGUUGAAGUAGUAUCCGAUGAGUUCCUGGCUGGUCAGGCAGAGUGUUAUGUCCUUGCCAUACAGUGGAUUUUGCACUACUAUUACCAUGGAGUCCAGUCCUGGAGCUGGUAUUAUCCUUAUCAUUAUGCACCUUACCUGUCAGAUAUCAGGAAUUUUAGCAAGAUGAAGCUCCUGUUUGAUAUGGGAAAACCAUUCCUGCCCUUUGAGCAGUUGCUUGGAGUCCUCCCGGCAGCCAGUAAAGACCUGCUUCCCAAGGGCUAUCAGGACUUAAUGAUAUCAGAAGACUCUCCUAUCAUAGAAUAUUACCCACUUGAUUUCAAAACGGAUCUGAAUGGCAAGCAGCAGGAAUGGGAGGCUGUGGUUUUGAUUCCAUUUAUUGAUGAGAAACGCCUACUGGCCGCUAUGGAACCCAAUAGCAAGUUGUUGACCAUGGAUGAAAAGAAGAGAAAUCGGCACAGUGAGUGUGCUGUGUACUUCUACGAUAAGGACAUAGAAUUCCUGUAUCCCUCACCACUGCCAGACAAAUUCCCUCCUCUUGUGAAAUGUCAUGCAAGGUACAAGACGAUACCCAUGGAUGCUUGGCAUGUAGAUCUUACCUAUGUUGCAAAUAAAGUUUGUAACAGUGACAUGUAUUUCUGUGGCUUCCCUACACUGAAGCAUAUAAAACACAAGUUUUACAAGAAGAAGAACAGUGUGCAGGUGUUCCAGCAGAGCAGUCGUGGUGAGAGCAUGAUGCUGGAAAUCAUGCCUAGUGAUGAAGAUGUGCCAAGAUGUGAGGAUGUUGCGUCUUUGGUCCUUGGUAAAUCUGUGUUUGUGAACUGGCCCCAUUUGGAGGAAGCUCGGGUUGUUGCUGUCUCUGAUGGAGAAACAAAGUUUUUUUUGGAGGAGCCACUUGGGGAGCAGAAGCUUUAUACAGGGAAAAUGGUUCCACCCACAAAAGUGGUUUACCUGAGCGACAAAGAACAGAACACUUGGCUAAAAGAAGUGCAAGGCAUUUCAGAAUUUUAUAACAGAAGAAAAGGAAUCGUUAUAAAUGAAACGGCUGUGCUCCUCUUUGCCCAGCUGCUGACGGGUCGGAAGUACAUGUUGAAUCAGAACGGGGAAGUUCACCUGGAGAAGCAGUGGUCGAAGCAGAUUAUUCCUUUUGUUUACCAAGCUGUUGUUAAGGAUAUUGUAUCAUUUGAUUCUAGUUUCUCCCAUUUCAAAACAAUUGAUGAGUUGUUCUCUCCUGAAACCACAGUCUUCAUGCUUGGAAAUCCAUAUUAUGGAUGCAUGGGCAAGACACAAGUGUCCUCUGAUGUUAUCAGAGAAGGAAGAAUUCGGGUUGUUUUCACCAUUCCUUGUGAACCGCAGCUUGAUGCCUUGAUACAGAACCAGCAUAAAUAUUCUGUAAGGUAUAACCCCGGGUAUGUUUUGGCAAGUCGUCUUGGAAUCACUGGAUACCUUGUCUCCAGAUUUUCAGGAAGUAUCUUUAUUGGGAGAGGUUCCAAAAGAAACCAACAUGGAGAACAGAAAGUUAACGUUGGACUAAACCUGAAGUUUAACAAGAAAAAUGAAGAGGUACCUGGGUAUACAAAAAAGUCUGGGAACGAAUGGCUGUAUUCAGUUGCUGUUGAAGAGCUAUUGGCAGAGUAUGUGGAAAGGUUCCCUGAAGUUUUCAGCUAUGUUUCCAAAAACAGUCACGAUGACGUGUUCUAUGAGGAUGAUAUCUGGCCUGGAGAGGAAGAGAAUGGAGCAGAAAGGGUUCAUGAAAUUACAGCCUGGCUGAAGGCGCAUGCAGUUAGCUCAUCAUCCAGAGCCUCCUGUGAUCAGCAGAUACUGGACACACUGAUCGUGGAGAAGAUUGAAGAAGAACUGGAAAAGUGCAAGCAAACAAGAAGCAAUAAGAAAGUGAGAGUCACUGUGAAGCCACAUUUGUUGUUUAGACCCUUGGAGCAGCACCAUGGAGUGAUUCCUGACAAGGACGCCGAGUAUCAUUUGUUCGACCGGGUUGUGAAUGUCAGAGAGAGCUUCUCUGUUCCUCUGGGGCUCCGAGGCACUGUGAUAGGAAUCAAAGGAGCUGAAAGAGAAGCUGAAGUUCUGUACGAAGUGUUGUUUGAUAAAGAAUUUGCAGGUGGACUUACAAUAAGGUGUUCUCCAGGCCGGGGAUACCGACUCCCACCAAGUGCCUUAGUUAAUCUGACGCAUGGUAGCCGACUGGAAAACGGAUUUCAGAAACUGACUGCCAUAGUGAAACCACAGCCAGCGUCUGCUUCCGAGCACAGCACCUACUCAGCAACCGCUCAGAAAGUGCAGAUCGGAGGCCUCAACCAUUCUCCACGUUCACCUUUUGUGCCCACCCAGCAGCUGAAUGGUGGAAAGCAGCACUAUGAUCUCAGGGCAGAAAACCAUGCGAACCGGCACUCUCCACAGAAAGCAUUCAGUCAGAAGACUGCACAGAAGAGCCAUGCUAAAGAGGAUGAGUUUUCAAAUGUGUGGCAGUCAUUGCAGGGUUCAGGGAACCCUCACAAUCCUCCACAGCACUGGCAAGAGAAUUCAAAUAAAUAUGGAUCAGGACAUCAAUCCCAUAACAGUGUUAAGGGACAGCAGAGACAGAAACAGGAAUAUCUAGACCAGCAGGGGUAUUCAAGAAAAUUCAAAGAAGAUGUCAGGAGUCAGCAGAAUGAAGCCCAAGAGCAGAGUUCUGGUGGCAGUGAGAGGCAGAAUAUCCGAGUCCUGAAACGGAAUGAAGAUUAUAAUGCAGACUCUACUGCCCAUCCCUCGGGCUCAGUGCACACUCCUUCAAGGAAGGCACCCACUGAGUUUGAAGAGUUGAUAGCUAAUUUGAAGAUUUCCAAAGGAAAUGAGGCCCAGCCAGCUCAGACCAAAGAGGAAUUGUCGAAUGAAGAGCCAUUGUCUCCUCAGUCAUUUGCAAUGAAGGGGACGCUAAUGCUUAAAGAGAUGUUAAAGAUCGAUAGUUCAAGCUCUGUGCCAGCUGAUAAAGACAAGCAGUCAUCUACUGAGGCAGCAUACCCAGCCAAUACCACCGCUCACCAUUCUAGGAGAAGAUCCACCAAAAAGCUUGCCGCCCACAUCAACAAUCCUCAUGUAGCUGGAGCCCCACAGCAUGGGCAGGGAUCAGAGACCUCUGUCCAGCACCAUGGACCUCCCCAGCCCCCAGUGCCUACAGUGGUAACGGAGCUGUCCCGCAUUUGUGCCAGCCUAGGAAUGUCACAGCCAGAAUUCGGCUAUCUUAGAACGCCGCAGGGUAUGACUGUGUGUCAGGUGAAAUUGUCAAGUGGUUUACUAGUGCAUGGACCUCAGUGCCAAUCGGAAAAUGAAGCAAAAGAAAAAGCUGCAUUGUUUGCUUUACAGCGGCUGAGCUCUGUUGGGUCCGGGUUCCCUCUGCCUCAACACAUGUUCUCAACUCUUCAACAGAUCAGAACUGCUCUCCCGACUGGCCCUAUCCCCUCUGUCUUUGGCCAGCUCCCUGGGAAUUUAAUGAUGCACCCUACUCCCCAUGGUUAUGGCCCAAUGCAUUGGGGAGCUCCAGUUCAGGUCCAUGGACAGCCAUUCUAUCUGGGCCCAUACCAAGGAAAUAGACAUCCAGCUUCUACCAUGCCUAUUGGAACACACAACCAGUUUGUGCCACUGCAGGUCACAAAGAAAAGAGCCACUGGCAAGAAGAAUUACGAAACCAGGGAAUAUAAUAACUCUCAGUAUGUGAGAUCCCAGAAAAACGAACAAGCAGUGAAGUCUGAAGCAGCGGACGUUGCUCCCCAGAUGACCACUGCUCCUCCUGCCCCUGUAGCUUCUCCUCAGGCUUCACUGGCUGCUCAGGAACACAAAGACAAGCAGGGCCCUUCCACUCCAAGACAGAAACCAAAUCCAACCACACCAGGCUCCUCCGCUAAACGGAGACCAAGAAAACUGGCAGUAAACUUUGAUGCAGCAAAAGUGUCUGAAUAAUAACUGUGUUAGAAACUGGGCUACGUAUGUGUUUUUUUUUGUUUUAUUAUUAUUAUUAUUAUUAUUAUUAUCAUUGUGAUUUUAUUAGUAAACAAGGACUGCAGGCAGGUUACGUUGAAAACUAUCAUUUUUUCCAAGUGAAAUCACUUGGUUCCACAACCCAUUCAAUUUAUUAUCACUGUAUACUUCAUCUGGCAAUUUUAAACACGUUCACUGUUUUCGGAAAUGUAAUCAUCACAUUUACACUUUAAGUAAAUGCACUGCAGAGCACUUGUUGUGUCUGGGAAUUAAGCCUUUGUUUUGCUGAAGAUCAUUUAUGUGUCUUUAAUUUGUGGCACGCUUGCUACUACCAUUAUUUUAAUCCAACUGCUGCUAGUAGCUUGUAUGUGGUGUGUGUUUUUUUUUUUUUUUUUUUUAAAUCGACAAAACCAUCAGUUUUAGAGUUGCUUUAAAGGUUUCAAUGUGUUUCUGAAUUUUAAAAAAGUGGAGCCUAAUAGUUCAAGUCCUGCAGACCCCAAGAUGAAUUAUGAUCUAGGUCUGCCCACAAACAAGGGGACUGAUGUACUUCUAAGUUUCUGAUCAUUGUAUUGCCUUAACAGCUCUUGUGCGACACUUCCAUUGAUGACCGACACAGUACUUGCACAUGGGUCAAGAUUUUAAUUUUUUUUAAAAGUCAUUUUUUGGUUUAUUAAGUGGCCUACUAAAAUUAAAUCGACAGAUGCAGAUUUCUGGAGUGGAAUUUUUACAUGGAAGCAGAAUAUUUUCUUGAAGUCUAGAUCUGGAAUUGUUGCUUGCCUUUGUUAACGAUAUCUGUCGGUGUCAUAAAUUACAUUAUGUUCUCCAGCGUCCCCCUUUCUCUUUGUGGUGGUGUUAUUAGUUUUUCAUAUUUCUACAGUGUUCUGUAUAUGAACCGUUGCCAUAUUUAAUUUUACACUGGAACCAUGGGGGAGUGGAUUAAAUGUUUUUUUUUUGGGGGGGGGGGGGGGGGGGUUUGUUCUGUUUUUAAAUUAAAUCCCAAGUAAAGUGCUGGUAUUUUAUAAAAGGCUGCUGUUUUAAGACCUUAUUUGUUAAUAGAUGCACCCCUUGUAAUUUUGAAUUUUAACUUUUUUCUUAAACCUCUCCUCCUGGAAGGAGACUUAAUACAUGUUUUUUUUUUUACUUUUUCUUUCAAAAACAAUAAAUAUUUUUGCUUUAA